AUGGACGCCUUCAGCGAGCAAAAGGUGCUCUACCACACCGGCUCAUUGUCCGGUUAUCGGCCUCUGCAAAACCUCGGAAGCGACUAUCUCUCUGCGACACACUCGUUCCGCCAGCCACUCUGCGGCAACAAAGAAGGUUGGGGACCUCUGAGCCCCUUCCGAUACGACUUUACACCAUGCUUCAUUGAUGUUUGGAUUGCCUCUGUUUCAGCCUUUGGCCUGGUCUUUGGCCUGGGCGCUGUUUGGCUUCUCAAGAAGAAGCAGGAGGAAUAUACCAGCAGCAAGAACUUCCAUUUCUGGUUCAAACAGGUACUCCUUGCGCUUUUUGCCGCCGAUGUCAUCGUCCAGCUCGUCUUCCAAAUCCUCAGCUAUGGAGCCAUUGCGUAUGGCGACUUCCGAGUCUGGACCACCGCCCUCGAAUUUGUUUCUCUUGGUGUUGUAUUCGCAGUCCAAUGGCUAGAGCAUUCGCGAUUGAGGCAUGCCAAUGGCGUUGUUCUCUUCUACUGGCUCCUCCUGAUAAUCGCUUCUGCUGUCAAGUUGAGAUCGUUAAUCUCCCAGCAGCUCUACGCCAAGCACCUCAGCUAUUUCAUCACUUUCUGCGUCGGCGUCGGCCUUGCCAUUGCUGCGUUUGCUGUUGAGUGGCUCUGGCCCCGCGACAACGGAGUGACCGGUUACGAGGCCAUUGUCGACGAGGAUGAAUGCCCUGUCGAGUAUGCGACCGUUUUCUCCCGGCUCACUUUCGACUGGAUGACACCAAUGAUGAGAUAUGGAUACAAGGCUUUUUUGACCGAAAGUGACCUGUGGGGCUUGGCGAAGCCGGAUCAGACCAAGAAUACGGGUUUCGCAUUUGAUAGUGCGUGGGAGAAGGAAUUGGAGAAGAACCCAGAGAAGCCCUCUCUGACAAUGGUUCUGAUCCGUGCUUUCGGUGGUCCAUAUGCUGUUGCUGGUGUUUUCAAAAUCGGCAACGACAUCGCCCAAUACGCACAGCCUCAAUUUCUGCGCCUUCUUAUUUCAUUCAUUGGAUCUUACAAGACCGAGAAUCCCCAGCCAGUGAUCCAGGGUGUUGCUAUUUCUUUGGGCAUGUUUGCUUGCGCUCUCUUCCAGACAACCAUGGUGCAUCAAUACUUCCAACGCUCGUUUGAGACUGGUAUGCGAAUCAAGGGAGGCCUCGCUUCCGCCAUCUACAGGAAGUCUCUGAAGCUGUCAAACGAGGGUCGCGCCGCAAAGACCACUGGAGAUAUCGUCAAUUACAUGGCUGUUGAUGCUCAGCGUCUUCAAGAUGUGACGCAAUUCGCUCAGCAGCUUUGGUCUGCUCCAUUCCAAAUUGUCAUCUGCAUGGUCUCGCUAUACCAGCUCGUCGGCUGGUCAAUGAUGGCAGGAAUUGUUGUCAUGAUCUUCAUGAUGCCUAUUCAAGGCUUUGUCUCCAAGAUCAUGAAGACGAUGCAGCGGACCCAGAUGAAGAACAAGGAUGCCAGAAGUCGUUUGAUCAACGAGAUCAUCAACAAUAUGAAGAGCAUCAAACUCUACGCAUGGGGCGGCGCUUUCAUGAACAAGCUCAAUUACGUCAGAAAUGAGAAGGAGCUGAAGAAUCUACGCAAGAUCGCUGCUGCACAGGCUGUUGCCAACUUCACCUGGAACAGUGCUCCAUUCUUUGUCUCAUGCUCUACAUUUGCCGUUUUUGUCCUUACCCAAGACCGACCUAUGACGACAGAAAUCGUGUUCCCUGCACUGGCACUUUUCAAUCUCUUGACAUUCCCAUUGGCUGUGCUGCCCAUGGUUAUUACGGCUCUUGUUGAGGCAUCCGUGGCAGUGAGCCGCAUCCGCGACUUCCUCUGCGCCGAGGAAAUUCAGUCUGGCGCCGUCAACGUCAAGCCAGCCCCCCAGGAGCUUGGAGAGGAGACAGUCAUCAUCCGGGACGGUACUUUCUCCUGGAACCGCCACGAGGAGCGCCAGGCGCUCGAAGACAUCGAGUAUACUGCUUAUAAGGGAGAGCUUUCUUGCAUCGUUGGCCGAGUUGGUUCCGGAAAAUCGUCACUGUUGUCCAGUAUUCUUGGAGAUCUUUGGAAGGUUAGGGGAUCCGUCGACGUUUGUGGAACUGUUGCAUUUGCUUCUCAGCAGACUUGGAUUUUGAACGCUACUGUGAAGGAAAAUAUCGUUUUUGGAUACCGAUAUGACCCUGACUUCUACGAGCAGACCGUCAAGGCUUGUGCUCUCAUCGACGACUUUGCGCAGCUUCCUGAUGGCGACGAGACCGUUGUUGGAGAAAGGGGUAUUUCCCUGAGCGGUGGUCAGAAGGCCCGUGUUUCUCUGGCCCGUGCUGUUUACGCCAGGGCAGACAUUUAUCUUCUGGAUGAUGUUCUCUCCGCCGUCGACUCACACGUUGGUAAGCACAUCAUGCAGAAUGUACUGGGACCUCGUGGUCUUCUUUCCACCAAGACUCGUAUCCUUGCCACCAAUUCUAUCAGCGUCUUGAAGCAGGCAAGCUACAUUACUCUGUUGAAAGACGGACGGAUCAUUGAGAAAGGAACCUACAAGCAGCUUAUUGCUAUGAAGGGCGACGUUUCUGAGAUGCUGAGGACUGCCGGCCAUGAGUCCGGUAGCGCAUCUGGCAGUCCCAGCGGCUCGGCCAGCGAGACAUCUACUGUUAUCGAGGCAUCUGAUUCUACCCAGACAAAGGAGGAGCUUGAGGAAAGCCAGGAGCGAGUUCCUGAGCUGGCGCCCCUUAAGAUAAUCGCAUCUGCUUCGGCCAAACCCCGAGCCAGUAGUAUGGCCACCUUGCGCCGUGCCAGCACAGCUUCAUUCCGUGGCCCUAGAGGUAAGCUGACGGACGAGGAGCUGGCUGGUAGUAGGACAAAGCAGACCAAGGAAUUCGUCGAGCAAGGUAAAGUCAAGUGGUAUGUCUAUGCCGAGUAUGCGAAAAAGAACAACCUCUAUGCAGUGGCUGUAUUCAUCUUUUCUCUGCUUGCUUCUCAGACCGCAAACAUUGGUGGCUCUGUUUGGCUUAAAGAAUGGGCGGAUAAGAACGCCUCUAGAGGCACAAAUGAAAAUGUCGGAUGGUUUAUUGGCAUCUACUUUGUCUUCGGCAUUGGGUCAUCCCUUUUGACAGUCAUCCAAACCCUCAUUCUUUGGAUCUUCUGCUCCAUCGAGGCCUCACGAAAGCUGCACGAGGAGAUGGCAAACGCCAUUUUCCGAUCCCCGAUGUCCUUCUUUGAUACAACACCAACUGGUCGGAUCCUCAACCGUUUUUCAAGCGACAUUUACAAGAUCGAUGAGGUAUUGGCCCGAACCUUCCAGCAGUUGUUUGUAAAUGCUGCCAAGUCUGGUUUCACACUGGUGGUGAUCUCUGUGGCGACACCCGCCUUCGCUGCCUUUAUCAUCCCACUUGGCUUCGCGUACUACGGAAUCCAACGUUAUUAUCUUCGUACGUCGCGAGAGCUUAAGCGCUUGGACAGCGUGAGCCGAAGCCCAGUCUACGCUCAUUUCCAGGAGUCUCUUGGGGGUGUCUCUACAAUCAGGGCAUACCGCCAGCAGGACCGCUUCCAGCUUGAGAAUGAGUGGCGUGUCGAUGCCAAUCUCCGAGCGUACUUCCCUUCGAUCAGUGCGAACCGUUGGCUCGCUAUCCGUCUCGAAUUCAUUGGUGCUGUCAUCAUUCUUGCCGCCGCCGGGCUCUCUGUCACUGCUGUUGCAACUCAUGUCCCCAUUGAGCCUGGUAUUGUGGGUUUGGCAAUGUCCUAUGCCCUCCAGAUCACGACUGCUCUCAACUGGAUCGUCCGCCAGACUGUUGAGGUGGAGACAAACAUCGUGGCCGUUGAGCGAGUUCUUGAGUAUUCAGCAUUAACCCCCGAGGCGCCCGAGAUCAUUCCCGACAGGCGGCCUCCCGUAGCCUGGCCUGCCAGGGGCGACCUGGAUUUUGUCAACUACAGUACUCGCUACCGCGAGGGCCUGGACCUCGUCCUGAAGAACAUCAAUCUCGAUAUCAAGUCACAUGAGAAGAUUGGAGUUGUUGGCCGCACGGGAGCUGGAAAAUCUUCCCUGACCCUGGCCCUCUUCAGACUUAUUGAGCCCGCAACUGGCCAGAUUGAUAUUGACAACCUCAACACCUCUGAUAUUGGCCUCUUCGAUCUACGUCGACGACUUGCCAUCAUCCCACAGGAUGCUGCCCUGUUUGAGGGUACCGUCCGCGACAACCUGGACCCUACCCACGCCCACGAUGACACAGAGCUCUGGAGCGUUCUAGAACACGCUAGACUAAAAGACCAUGUGGUCAGCAUGGACGGCGGCCUCGAGGCCAAGAUUAACGAAGGAGGCUCGAACCUGUCCCAAGGCCAGCGCCAGCUCGUCAACCUUGCUCGCGCGAUGCUCACGCCGUCCAACAUCCUCGUCCUGGACGAGGCGACGGCCGCCGUCGACGUCCAGACCGACGCCAUGGUGCAGCGCACGCUGCGCUCGCCCCUCUUCGCCAAACGCACCAUCAUCACCGUCGCCCACCGUCUCAACACUAUCCUCGAUAGCGAUCGCGUCGUCGUGCUCGACAGGGGGGAGGUCGCCGAGUUCGAUACCCCCUCGGCCCUCUACAAGAAGCAGGGGCUCUUCUUUAAUCUAAUGAGGGAGGCUGGUCUGGAGUUGGAGUAG